CGAGAGAGUAGCAAAAGGCCGCCGCAGCCCCACCCGGGCACCCUGCGCUGUCUGUCCCUCUCUCUCUCUCUCUUCCCCCCGCCCCCGCUCCUCCUUUGGCUGGCUCUGGCUGCGCUCCUCCCUCUUCGUUCCCAACCCCACCCGCGCCCCACCCAACCCCGCGCCGCCUCCCCUCCCCCCUCCCCCACCGUGCGUGCCCUGCACGUGCUCCCUUCUCCGCCCUACCUCCGGCCGCCGCCACACCGGGUCACGCGGCCCCUGGAAGCGAAAGGCGCCGCCUUUCCUUCCGGCUUCCUCGCUGUAACGGAAGGUUCUUCGGCGCUUCCUUUGUCAGCCGGCCCCAGGAAGGGGAAGCAUCUCGGGAGCAUGGACCAUGGCGGCGGGGGAGGAGGGGGUGGGGCGCCGUCGAGCAGCAACAGCGCCGGAGGGGCCGCCGCCGGCGGCGGCGCCACCGCUGGCGGCGCGAGCGGCGGUCGCGGUAGCGAGCACCACCCGUUCUACUACGCCGGGCCCGCGGCGUCCAACUCCGGAGUGCCACAGGCCCAGCAGCAGCCGUCGCCGUUCGCUGGCGCGCUCGCUAUCGCGCCCGUGCCCGAGCAGCCGCAGCCGUCGUCCGCCGACAAGAAGGCGCUCGUGCCUGCGGCCCCCGCGGCGGCGGGGCCCGUAGUAGCCAAGCGGCCGUCCAAGGACCGGCACACCAAGGUGGACGGGCGGGGGCGGCGGAUUCGGAUGCCGGCGCUGUGCGCGGCGCGGGUGUUCCAGCUGACCCGCGAGCUCGGCCACAAGUCCGACGGCGAGACCAUCGAGUGGCUGCUGCAGCAGGCGGAGCCGGCCAUCCUGGCGGCUACCGGCACCGGCACCAUCCCGGCCAACUACUCCUCGCUUAACAUCUCCAUCCGCUCCGGCGCCGCCGCCCCCGCCGCCCGCGCCGCGCCGUUCCCGGCGCUCGCGCUCCACCCGCACCACCACCACCAGGCGGCCCCCGCGCACGACAUGUCCGCCAUGAUGGCUGGGUACCAUCACCACCUUCUCCCGCCGCAGCCGCAGCCGCAGGAGGACCCCAGCGCCGGCGACGCCUACAUGCGGAAGCGCUACCGGGAGGACCUGUUCAAGGAGGACGACGAGCGCCAGGAUCCGAGCGCGCCCAAAGCGCGCGAGCAGCAGGCGGCGACUCCGCCGCCGCAGCCGCAGCCUUCCGCCACAAUGUGGGCCGCCGCCGCCCCGUCCGGCGGGUUCUGGAUGCUGCCCGUGUCCGCGAGCUCGGCCGCCGCGGCGCGGCCGGCCGAACAGCCCAUGUGGUCCUUCAGCGGCGGCGGCGGCACGGGCACCGUGCAGGCCCCGCUCCAGUUCAUGUCCAGGGCCAGCUACCCCGGUGGCGCUGCAGGCGGCGGAGGCGGAGCCAUGUCCGACACCAACCUUGGCAUGCUCGCCGCGCUGAACGCGUACAACCGUGGCGGUAGCGAGGAGCAGCAGCAGACCGAGGGGGAGCAGCAGCACGGCGGCGACGGCGGGGUUAACGAUGACGGAGACGAAGAUGGUGACGACAGCGCUGAAGAGAACAAUGGCAACAACAGCUCACAGUAAGCUGUAAGCCCGCGACGACAAGCUUGGGGUGACGAUGAUGAUGAUGAGCAGGGAUUCCGCCACCAUGAUCGCAUUUUCCUGGUAGCGCUAAAGAAUUUCGGCGUGUCUUGUUCGCUGGAGGAUCGCCCUGAGCUGUCGCCGGACUGGGGUUAGGAUGAUUGGACGGAGGAAACCAACCGCGGGAUCCAAUCAUAGACGCACAAAAAAAAAGGAAUGGUGCGCUAGCUUUUGUGCAGGAAGCAAGCAAAGCAAGCCGAGCGAAUGCAGGAGCAACACUUCUGGCUAGUUCAUUAGUUCUUUUUUUUUCCUUUUGAAUUUGUUUGUGUUGAUUUUUUGUUUGGAUUGUUCUAUGAAUGAUUGCGUUAUUGAG